GUUGGUUCCGAAAUCUGGAAUAGACAUUACUUUUUAAAAUUCCAAAAUUACCCUGCCAUUCUCUCGUUCCCGUCUCUCUCUUGUUCUUCCCUUUGCCUCUCUCGUUUCUCUCUAUUCCUCUCCCCUCUGGUUAUUGUAUUCCCUCACUCUGAUUCUCUGAUGAACGAUCAACUGGAAGCUUCAUAGAAUGGCGGAGGAGGAAGCAAUCCAGGAGAACCAUAACACUUCAACUAUGGAAACUCAAAUCAACCAUAACAACGACAAGAAGGAUGUGGAUCCAGAGUUGUUCAGCUGCUUGCUUCAGCCGGCGACUGCUGAUUCUGAUCCUGAUUAUAUCGGUAUUCGCCGCCUCCUUCUCUAUCGCAAAGCUGAGUCUGGUGAUCUUCGCCGACUUGAUUGGAGAUGCAAUGGAAAAGGGUAUGUUAGCUAUCGUAAUUACAUACGCAGGCCAAGAAAUUGGGAAAAUCAACAAAUGCCAAGCUUCCAAAGCACUCCAGGGAAUAGUGGGCGAUGGCUUCAAUGUCCAAGUCCACUAUCCCAUUUGUUUGAGGUGGAGAGCUGGAGUUCUAGCAGGAACCUAACUGGCAAUCUGGCUUCAACUCAUAGAUCAAGUUUCAGCUCAAGUACAAGUGAUAUGGAUCAUCCACGUCGUCGAGGGGUUGAACCUGCAUAUUCUUUUGUUGGAAUGCAUUGUAUCUUUGAUCAAUGCAAAUCUGCUGUUACGGUUUUGAAGUUUGGGCACAUGAGUUCUGAUCUACUUGCUUAUGGGGCAGCAGACGGAACCUUGACAGUAUGCACUGUCUCUGAGCAACCUUCAGUCCUCAAACAAUUAAAGGGACAUUCAAGAGAUGUCACAGAUUUUGACUUCUCAUCCAACAAUCAGUACAUUGCGUCCUCAUCCAUGGAUAAAACUGUUAGAGUGUGGGAGUUGUCACAAGGCCUUUGCAUUCGAGUAAUAUAUGGAGUCUCUUCACAAUUAUGUAUUCGUUUUCAUCCUGUAAAUAAUAACUUCCUUUCAGCUGGCAAUGAAAACAAAGAAAUCACUGUAUUCAAUUUCAGCACUGGCAGGAUUAUUCAUAAAUCAGUAUUUGAUGCUAAGGUUACCUCUAUGGACCACGAUCACACUGGUCAGCUCAUUUUCUGUGGGGAUGCGCAGGGAUGUAUAUACUGUGUAAGCAUGGACUCACACAUAGGUGCCCUGUCACGUUCUCACCGCCAUCGAAAUAGCAAGAGUAAAUCUCCAGUGACGACUGUGCAGUACCGAAGUUUCUCCCUGUUGGCAGGAGGCCCUGUGUUGCUGACAUGCACUCAAGAUGGAAAUCUUUCUUUCUUCAGUGUGGCCUUGGAAAUACAAGGUUAUCUGACCCUACGUUGCUCACUCAAAUUGGCUCCUCGGUUACACAGCAUCCGGGCUUCUUUCUGCCCACUCCUUUCCCUUGAAAAAGGAGAAUAUAUAGUUGUCGGAAGUGAUGAUUCCAAUGUUUACUUCUAUGAUUUAACGCGGCCAAGGCAUACGUGUGUGAACAAGCUACAGGGUCAUCGUUUUCCAGUUAUUGGUGUUGCUUGGAACCAUGGAGAGAAUUUGUUGGCUUCAUCUGAUCUUUAUGGCAUUGUUAUUGUAUGGAAGAGAGCAAGGCAACUUCAAACAAACAUACAUGAUGACAAAUCUCAGACACAUACAUACAAGGAAUGAGGAAGGAAUUUAGCUUCUUUUCCCCUCCCUUUUUUCUUGCCUUGUUUAUCAGUUCUUUGUAAACUUCUGAAUCAUCGACAGCUUCUGCCAUGAUAUUUCUUGAAUUUUUGAAACUGUCUCGCACACAUAGGAAACCUGAGCUAUCAUUGUUUGUGCUAAAUUUUGUACUCAGUUUUGGAUAUGUGCAGAUGAAUAUUUGAAAAAUUAAUGAUCCUGUACAAUAUUAUUAACAACUUUUGUACAACUAUUUAAUUCUUGAGGCAAAAUUGCAUAA